AACUUUCAGCAGAACUUCUUUGUCUUAAAAACAAUAGAAUUUUGAAAGAAAGUCCUGUACGGGCUUCAUUAGCCCCGGCCUCCUCCUGUGGCGUGAAUGGAAGCUACAUUUAGAGCAAUUACUUGACCAGAAAACAAUUGUCAGUCAUUCUUAAAGGGGAAGGAUUCCAAUUAAUAAACCUUUUAAUCCUUUCGCUUUACGCUCAUUCUUCAUUGUACCUUUGCCGUCUGCACGAUUUUGAAAAGAACUUCAACGAAAAGGGCGAAAAACAAUCAUUGACUCACUGUAUACCAGUUUUAUGGCUAUUAUAUUUGUUUAUUCGUUUGUUUAUAGGAACACAAAUAGAUAUUGGAAUAACAAUCAGACCGUCAAGGUUCUCAGCGGAAUCUGAGAAGCCCGACAGGCUUUUCUGUCAUUCAAAGGGCCAGCGCAAACGGCGCCUCAACAUUAGCGCUACUGGGCUGCCGCACCGCACAACUCCCGCAAGGAUCCGCGCCUGAUAGAUGUUGGGGUACUUCAUGGGACCAUAAAGUUGAAGAAAAGCAUAUUUAUUUCAUCCCUAGUCCGUUCCUGAAUGGGCUGUUCUCUUGCGUUCCUGCCGAAGUUGACAUUUGACGUUUGAUGCAGGAGAGGAUCCGUUUUUAGGCUCUUUGCCUGCACAGUGCUGCCCUUGGAUUUUCCUCUCAGAGGAGAGUGACUCAGAGAUCUCGGAUGCAUUUGUCACUGGAUACCGUGAGCAUGGUGGACGACAGCUGCCUAUCGCCAACCAACUUCCACGAGAUGGUGAAAGGUGGGGGGGCAUCGGUGGGUGGCCGCGUCCACAGCAUCGAUGUCAUCUUGGGCUUCAGCAAGGACCAGGACCCACUGCUGAACCAGGCCGAGCAGCACAAGGCGGGGAUCGGGCCCCUGGGCGAUCCGGGGAAGCAGGGACCAGCUCAUAUCUAUGGACACCCCCCUUCUCUGCGGGAGAGUGCGGCUCAGUCGGACUUCCAGGACUUGGGUCUAUUUUCCAACAAGUGCGAGGGGGAGGCGAGUGGGGGGCUGAAGGGGGGCGACGACGACGCGGACAGCAAGUCCCCGGACGGCCUGAGCGAGGAGCCGCCGAAGAAGAAGCACCGACGUAACCGCACCACCUUCACCACCUACCAGCUACACGAGCUAGAGAGGGCCUUCGAGAAGUCCCACUACCCGGACGUGUACAGCCGGGAGGAGCUGGCCAUGAAGGUCAGCCUCCCCGAGGUCCGCGUGCAGGUUUGGUUUCAGAACCGGCGAGCCAAGUGGCGACGUCAGGAGAAGAUGGACGCCAGCGCAGUGAAACUGCACGACUCGCCCAUGCUGUCCUUCAGCCGGCCGGCCGUGCACAGCGGCGUCGGCGCAGUGACCAGCUCACUGCCCCUGGACCCUUGGAUGACCUCGCCACUGUCCAGUGCCACGCCCGUGCACAGCAUUCCCGGCUUCAUGGGGGUGGCACAGGGAUUUCCCGGCCACAGCUUCCUGAACACGCCCCCCGCCAUGGCGCAAGGAAUGCAGUCGGUGGCUCCGCCCCCCUACCAGUGUCCUGCCGCCUUCGCUGACAAAUACCCGGUGGAGGACGUGGACCAGCGGUGCUCCAGCAUCGCGGCACUGAGGCUGAGGGCCAAGGAGCACGUCCAGUGCAUGGAUAAGACCUGGCAGCCAAUGUGACAAACCAUGAGUUGCAGCUAAAGUCACGCCGGGAAGAAGCUCUUAUCCAUUCGUGAAUUAAACUCUGAUUUUUGGCUCUUUCUGAAUAGUGAAUUGGAAAGACGAUACCUUAGGACACAGGUAGAGUUUCAUAGGUGACACCAUGCUUUUCCCUGUUUCUGACAUCGGGGACCGAUUUGGGACGUAGCUACAAGGCAACACUGGAGUGGCUGUCGUUUAAUAGAGCUUCGGAUAUUUAUAAUGACAGCAGCGUUCUCCUGUUCUGAGGCCUUAGAUUUCAUGCUGGAUAACUGUCAUACUGUAAAUAACAGUCAGGGUAGGGAAGCUAGUUCCAAGAAUAGUGAAGGUUACCAGUGUCACAGGUUGCAGAACCUGAAUGUACCGGCAGAAGUGAAAUACCUGAUAAGACAGGUAGUUUUUUUUUCAUUCUUAUUAGAAGCAAAGCUAAUGGAAUAGAGUCCUUGUCAUUGAUUCUACGUGGAAAAUGUACGAUUUUCCUCACAGCACGAAGAUGGCAGAAUCUCAUCGACCUUGUGAAGUUUGCUGCACCACGACUCAAGGACUCCCGACUUUACACAUUUUGUAUGCAUUAAUACUUAUAACAGAUUAGAUGUAUUUAAAAUCUAUUUUUGAAUGCAAACAUUCCGUUUUUUUGAAAGCAUCCAACCACAGAGGAUCUCGCCUCACCUCAUUGACAUUAUUGUUCUCAGUUUGCAAUUAAUACAAUAAAUUCACUGCCCUGUACAAUCAGUAUGUUCAACAGGAAUGUGUUCACUCGCGAGAAAUUGACUCUUACAAAUAAAUGUGUGAUUCUAAUGCAAA